AUGCGCAGCGGUGGAGCGCCGUGCCUCGCCUCUUCCAGUCGACCCUUGUUCACGCCCGCUUCGCCUGCUUCUCGAGAGGCCGCCUCUGGCGUCGCUUGUUCUGCGAACAGCUCUUGCCGAGUCCUGUCUUCCGUCGCCGCCCUCGGAGCGUCUCCGCGCUCCGACGCUUCUGCGUGCGCGUCUGAUGCACCGGAGCGCGCUUCUGCGCCGCCGUCCGUUUACGCUCUGCCCUCGUCGGUCACCGAUCUCCUUCGAUUGCCCGCGGAGGCCUUUCUUCUCCUUCCUCCGCAUGCAGUUCUUCCCCCCCUGGCAGCUGCAUGUGCUGCGGCGCCCGAGUCCCAGCGCUGGCCCUUGACCGCAUGCAGCAAAGUUGAAGCCUACCUUUGCUGUUUCCUCUCCGCAUGCCGCUCUCCUCGCAGUCGCACCUCUUUCGACUCGCGCUCUUCUCUCUCGACCUCGUCUUCCUGUCCUGCUAAUGCUUCCGCGUCUUCGUCCUCUGCUUCUCCUUCUUCCUCCACUUCACCUUACGCUUCUUCUCUUCUGCCUUCCGCCGUCGUCAUCGCCCAUUUCCUUGUUGUCUACAGGCGAUACCUCGUGGACACCCAGCUGCUUCAGAGGCUCUUCGCUGGGAUGCAUGCAGUGUUCUCGUCAAGGGUUCCCCGCAGCGCUCUCCACCACACCCUCUCUCAGUCCGUCUCUUCUCUGGCUUCCGCGUCCUCGCUCGUCUCUCCUCUUGACGCGGCCAGCCCCGUCGCCUCCGAAGCUUCGGCGCGUGUGCAUGCGCCCGCCUCUGCUGUGCCGUCUGCGUCACUGUCCUCGUUUUUUUCGGCUUCAUCCCCCGCUUCCGCUCCUUCAGUGCGGCCCGCGGCGUCUCCUGCUUUGACGCCUUGCGCUGCUGGCGCAUGCACUUACCCCCCUGCAGUUGACGGCGUGCGAAACGCCGGCGCCGGUGGCGGCAGAGCCGCUGUCGCGCCGGAGAGGCAGCGGGCUCGGACCACGCGGAUGUGGCAAGCGGAAAGAGCAGCCUGCGCGUUUCUUCUGCUGUCUCUCCAGCUCCACUGUCUGUUCCCACUGGCUGCCAAGGGCGGACGCGGGCGCAACGCACCUCGGGAAGAUCCCGGAUGGGAACUCCGCGAGGGCGAGGGAAGGGUGGGGGCGUCUGCGUCUUCUUCCCUCUCGCCGUUGGCCUCGGAGGAAGGCCUGCGUGCACUGAAAAAGGUGAUCGACGUGCUGAGUCGCGACCUGGCGCUGAUAGCGGCUCUCGGCGGCGGGGCCCACUGGGAACUUUGCGCGAGAGGAUUCGGAAGCAGAAUCCAGCGAGGCCGAGAAACGGACGCGCAGCGCCCAGGCCAACUCGCCGAGGCCGGAGGCGACGCGCCGGCACCAAGCGACGGACUGUCCCCGCAGUUCCCAGCGUAUUCCUCUCAACCGGGAAUCUCCCACGACAAGGAAGGCGGCACGAAACAGACCAGCGGAGCUCUCCAGUGCGUCAAAUUUCAGGAAACGCUGCGAGACGCCUGUGUCACUGGCGCCGUUCGCCUCCUUGACAGAAGCCUCGGUUGGAGCAGACUGAGUGUCUCUCCUGCGCUUGGCCCGGCGGGUGUGCAACAACUGCAGGAAGUCGGCCUGCUGCUUCAGCGUUGUGUCGCUACCUCACUUUUCUCUUCGUUUUUCGCUUCGCCGGUUCCUUCUUCUGGAACUCUCGCGCGGGUCCGCUCCGUGAGUGGCGAUCGCGAGGCCACCGAGAAGAGCGUCCCGAGGUCGUCUCCACUGUCGCUUCUCUCGCCCUCUUCUCGGCGCCUCCUGGACACUGUCAUGCCCCUAACCUUGCCGAGAAUCGCCGCCCUCCGACGGCGCCUGCACUGUCUGUCUCGCGUUCAUGAAACCGACAAGGAGAGACGGGACGACGACACACGGAACGUUCGAGUCCACAGAGCCCAGGCCCCGCCGGGGACGGACGGGUCGUCGAGCCGCGUGGCUGCGGGACCUCCGCCAGGCUUUUCGGUGUCAGAGAAAAAGCUUCAGGCUCCUGCGCCGGGCUGUCCUUCCCCGCAUUCUGUGGGUUCCACAAAUUCGCCGUUUUCGCCUCUCGGUCGAGAUGCGGACGUUCGCGAAGGGAGUUCCGUUGGGAACUGGGCACGUUUCAGAGAGGACGAAUCGGACAGCCAGGGAAGAGAGCCGGCAGCGAAGCGUGCUGAACCGCCAGAGGCGAACGAGUGCCGAACCUCCGAUCGCCGUCGAGACACCCAACCCCGCGCUGCGGGAGAAACGAUCCGGCGCGUGUCCGACCUCGAGGCGCUUCUAGACGCAAUAGAAGGCGGCGAGGCAGACUCUGACGCUCUCGACGGUGUCAAGCUCACGGUGGCGAACGCGCUCAGGGCCUCGUCCACCCGAUUACUCCCGACAGUCGCCUCAGCUUGCAACAUUCUCGUCCCCCUCAGCGUCGCCGGCACGUCGGUGGCGGUUGAGUGUGUCGAGUCCAGGGACGUCUUCGUCAACGCGCCAGAUAUGCCCACGCUGCCCGCAAAGCUGUAA